AUGGCUGAACGUGAACAGAUUAUCGAGACACUAGAAGCAUCGAUACAGAACAUCGAAAUUGAUGAAGAAGUUGAAAAUACUUUAAAUUCACUGUCAAUUGAAGAUGAUAAAAAUAUAGAAUGCAAAACUGUAAACGGUUUUUAUUUUCCGGAAUUCAUACAGUCACUUGAACGAAUUGCUAAAGAGUUUCCUAUAUGGACUGCAACGGCUCUUCCUGGAAAACAAACGCAUGCGUUGACAGCUUUUCAAGAAGGAUAUUUUGCUGAAUUAAAGACAAAAAUUUUUGAAGGUAUCUCUUUGCCGUGUUCUGCAAAUCAAUUUUUGAAAGAGCACAUUGAUGCCUUGCAUUCUGGCACUAAUGAAGUAGCAGCAAAAUUAAAGCAUUUCAAUCACAAUCACAGACAGCCAGUACUAUUUCCGCAUAUACCAGAGAAAAAAUCAGCUUCGCAAAAACCUCAAGUUCCAUAUUCAUUUGACGAAGAAUUCUUACAAGAACCCACAUCAGUUUCAUAUUUACUCGAUAAUAAAUUAGGAAUCUUGCAAGAUUCCACUUCAACUCCAUGUGAAGUUAAUAAAGAAUUCCAAACCUCGCAAAAACCCGUAAUUCAACGUACGCUAAACAAAAGACUUAAACUCACUCUAAAGAAAUCAGCACAACAUUCAGCAGACGAAGAAUCGAAAUCCUCAUCGCAACAGCCAUAUAUUAAUGUGAAUUUCGAUUUAAUAAAUACUUUACACGAGAGGACCCGCAUGAUAAAUGAUUCUGAUUUGAAGAGUGGUGAAACAUGGAAAAGAUUUAUCAAUGAAGAGAGCUGUUUUGUAGACGUUAAUGAAGAAAGUUUUGAAAUAAAAGAAGAAUCAAAUAGUAUUCAAGAUACUUCUCAAAUUCUCUCUGAGUUACUCGAUCUUCAAAACGACGACAUUGCAAACAUGAAUCAAAAUGUUUAUUUUGAACCAAACAAUAAUACGCAUACUGUCUUUUCUGUAAAUGAUGAGCAAGACAAACUUUUUGUGGAAAAUGGAUCCACAAUAACUGCUGAAUUGUCAACGUCAAAAAAACCUUUCUCGAAUACGCCAUUAAGUGACCAUAAUUACUCAAAAUUAUCAGAUGAAGAAGUAUCGAUUGAAUUUCCUACAGAUAACCAGCAAAAUUUGAAUCCAAAAUGCAGUAAGAAUAAACCUGCGAAAGUAGGUUUCUAUUUUCAAUCAUAUCCACAAAUACGAUUUCUCAAUGAGAGACUUGAUAAUGGAGAAAAAAAAGGUUUUCUGUUGAGAAAUGGACUAAAAUUAGGAAUCAUAAAAGUUGGUAAUCGCUGUUGAUCUUCAAAGAACUUGUGGAUUUGAUGCCAUUAUCCAUAUAUUGCAAUUUGGUGCACUUUUUUAUUCUCAAUAUCAUUUUUCUAUACAGUCAUCAAAUAAUUGCGCAUUAAAAUUUGUAUGCAAAUUUAUGAAGAUGGGCCCAACUGUGAAAAUACUUCGUGAACGUAUUGCUCUUUUAAAUUUAUCUUAUCCGAUUAUAAAAGAUCCUGGAGCUUCAUCUAUCAAACCGUAUAAGCUGAUUGCAGAAGACUCGAUUACUGCAAUAUGGAAGUAUUUCUUUUGUUGUUUCAAACCGACUGAGCCAAGUGCAAUUAAAUCGUCUGAAUGUAAUAAUCCGGAAUGUAUAUCAUCAUUACCAACGUAUGUCCAUACUUUGAAGUAAAUAAUAAAGUGAUAAACAAGAAAGGUAUACAAGCAUUGCAAGAUGCUAUUAUAUUCAAUGAACAUUAUUAUAAUAUUAAAUGCCGACAAAAAAAUUGCUCGGGAACAGUUAUUGAAACGACUCGCCCACAUUUGCACAUAUUUAUUGAUUUGGAUAUAAGAACACAUUACAACAAAACAUAUGGCCUCAAAUGCCAGUUAGCAGAUGUUCCAGUUGAACUAAAUUUGCUUGAUAGGUGUCAUCGAACAUAUUUCUGGUCACUUUAUUGGCUACUGUCGAAAACCUUCAGGACGAUGGCUAAAAUGUGAUGACAUGCAAUUAAAUAUCGAAGCAUGUAAUGAGGCAACAGUAAUUACACCGAUUGGGGCAAUUUAUAUUACACAAUAAAUCUGAUAUGCCGGUCACUCAUUAAAAAAUAUCAAAUAUAGUGCAAUUCAUUGAAAUAUAUAUAUAUAUAUAUAUAUGUACUCACAUAAAUGUCCUUUUUCCAUUAACUUUACAGAUUACACUUUUACAUUAUGUAUAUAAUUAUGUUUAAUAAUAUAGUUAAUAGUCAUAAUAUAGUUA